AUUAGCCCCCAUUAUUCUAUUUCUAGGGUUUCCUUUCUUGACGAAUCUGUUGUUUUCACUCUAUUUCUCUCUCUCAAGCUUGGUUUUCAAUAUUUUUUUUUCUUCUAGGGUUUCGAUUCUUUGCUUUGUUCUGGUCUAAUUUACAAUUAUUUGAGACUUUUGAUCUUCUGAUCGGUGAAGACUCUUGAACAAUGCCUCCAAGAGCGGUGAAGAAGACGGUGGCAGGGCCAGGAACGAAGCGAACGACAAGGGUCACCCGAGGGACUCCGAAGGCCAAGAACCAAACUGCUCAGAUUGCCGAAGAAUCGGUGAAAGUUGAGGAGAUUUCGGCCGAGGUUCAGGAGGAGGUCAAGGUUGAGGAAAAGGCUCUGGACAAGACGGCCGCUGUUUUGGAUCCCUGGGAGCCUGAAGCCGAGCCACAAUCGGAGGCGGAUGGGAUGGUUUCUGUGAAUCAGGAAGACGAGGUGAAGGAGUCUGUUGGUGAAUAUGAAAAAGGUGAACGCUUAGAUUUGGAGGACAAUGAGCCUGAAUAUGAACCUGAAGGAUAUGGCGGUGUGGAUUAUGAUGAGAAGGAAAUUGAACAGGAGGGUGUUCAGGAAGAGUUAGAUGAAGUGGAGGAAGAAGCUGAGGAAGGGGGUUUAGGUGAAGAGGAAGAGGGUGAUAUGGUUGAGGAGGAAAUGGAAGAUGCCCAUGACGAACUUCAGGGUGAGGAGGAGAGGCAUGCUGUUGAGGAUCAUGCUGAGAUGGUUGAUGCAGAGGAAGAGGAGCACCAUGAAAUUGUUAAAGAGAGGCGCAAGCGAAAGGAGUUUGAAGUUUUUGUUGGCGGCCUGGACAAGGAUGCCAGUGAGGAUGAUCUUAGGAAAGUCUUCAGUGAAGUUGGUGAAGUUGCUGAAGUCAGACUUUUGAUAAAUCCUCAGACUAAGAAGAACAAGGGAUUUGCAUUUCUGCGUUUUGCAACUGUGGAACAAGCAAAACGAGCUUGUACUGAGCUGAAAAAUCCCAUGGUCAACGGGAAACAGUGUGGUGUUUCUCAGAGUCAUGACAGCGACACCCUUUUUUUGGGUAAUAUAUGCAGAACAUGGACAAAGGAAGCUUUGAAACAAAAAUUGAAGCAAUAUGGAGUUGAGAAUAUUGAUGAUUUGACAUUGGUUGAGGACAGUAAUAAUGAGGGAAUGAACCGCGGCUUUGCAUUCUUGGAGUUCUAUUCUCAUUCAGAUGCCAUGGAUGCAUUUAAACGUCUACAGAAAAGGGAUGUUGUGUUUGGAGUUGAUAGGACUGCAAAGGUUUCUUUUGCAGAUUCCUUCGUUGACCCAGGUGAUGAAAUCAUGGCUCAGGUUAAAACAGUGUUUGUGGAUGGUCUGCCUGCUUCAUGGGAUGAGGAUUAUGUCAGAAAGCUGCUCAAAAAAUUUGGGGACAUUGAAAAAAUUGAGCUUGCUCGUAAUAUGCCUGCUGCCAAGAGAAAGGAUUUUGGUUUUGUUACAUUUGAUUCCCAUGAUGCUGCAGUGACAUGUGCUAAAAGCAUUAAUAAUGAAGAGUUGGGUAAAGGAGAGAACAAGGCAAAAGUGAGGGCCAGAUUAUCAAGACCACUUCAGAGAGGUAAAGGAAAACAUGCUCGUGGAGAUUUCCGACCUGGGCGUGCUGUUGGACGAGUUGUCAGGGCUCCCUGGGGUCGCUCAGUUCCUCGUGGCUUCCCUCCGCGUGGGGCAAGAGGUAUCGGAGGUCAUCUGCCACCUGUUAGUUAUCGUGGGUUGAAAAGGCCAGUUGUAUUUAGGGGCAGACGUCCUGCUAUGGCUGUGCCACCUAGGGGCAGGCCCUUGGCUCCUUUGUCCAGGUCUUCUGAUAGGAGACUACCUGUUUCUUCAUACCCCAAGAAUAGCUUGCAGAGGGAUUAUGGUAGGCGUGAUGAGCUUCUGCCAAGGGGCAGUGUUGCUGCAGAAUAUGGUUCCAGGGUCGUCUCUGAGAGACGUCCAGCAUAUAGGGAAGACUAUUCAUCCCGAGGACCUGGUUACUCGGACUUGUCUAGAAGCACUUCUCAUACUGCAGCAAGGAGAACUUAUGUGGAUGACGGCUAUGGACAAAGGUUCAAAAGGCCUCAAAGUUACCGUGAAGAACAUGGCCGUGAUUAUGGCUCUAUUUCCGGUUCAAAACGUCCUUAUACUGCAGUGGAUGAUGUUCCUCCACGUUAUGCUGAUGUGAGAGGGCGGCACUCAAGGGCUCGGUUGGAUUAUGAGCUUGAUGGCAGCACUUCUCGAUACGAUGAUGCUUACAGUGAUAGACUUGGGAGAUCUAAUAUAGGAUAUGAUGGCAGAAGCUCCAUCUCCAAUCACAAUUCACAUGGGCUUUACAGCAGUCGCCAUGGUAUGGGUUACAGUGGAGGCUCUUAUGGUAGUGGUGAUAUUGGUGGGACGUACUCAUCAAGCUUUGGCGGUGAUUACAUGUCUCGUGGAAGUGAUGUUGGUCGUAGUUCUUACUCAUCUCUAUAUUCUGGUCGUAGCUUGGGCAGUAGUAGUUACAUGGAAAAUGGUGGUUCUGGACCAUACUAUUGAGAUUAUGGAUCUACCAGAAAUUCGAUGCGUAAUCUCAGCAUUCAAUGUGUAUUUCUGAAUAAUCUCAUAUGUCAAUUAUUCAACCAUUUCAUUUUGGAAGUUCAAUGUUGGCAAGAAGAUGUCAUUUGUUAGUCCCGGAACUUCUUUGUGGUGGCUCAAUGACUAUGAUUGCUUGAAGAAGGCAUUGUUGGCUGUUAUUGUUGAUCAAAUUUCAUUUCUAUUUCACAACUGCUAGUGGAAUACUACUACAGUUCUAUUCUUUUCCAAGGAAAUAUUAGCUAUGGGGUGGUUGGAUUGGCAUAUAUUGUAUAUUCUCGUCAUCUAAAUGCACAGGUUCGAGGUCCUCAAAAGUUUUAUAUUGAUUGGCAAGAAGAAUGUUGCUUGUUGCACUCUCUGGUUGGUCACCCUCAAUUUUUUUUUUCUUGUAGUCCACUUGAUGAUGUAAUGUGCUGUUGCCUUGUAAACUAUUCCAGUUUAUGUGGAAAGUUGUUUUGAAAAUGUAAAUGCUGUAUAAAAAACACAAGAAAAUGAAAGCAGCAAAAAUAAUAUAAGAUUGAGGUUUGUACAGAAAUGGAGUACUUCAAUUUUAUUCUCAAUAUCUUGUCUCAUAAAUGUUCAGUUGUAAA